AUGUGGGUCUGUUUUCCUCUGCUGUUGCCGCGUAAAGAUCUAAUUUUGCUCCAUACAGAACUGGGAUCGCUUUUGGGACCUAUGGUAGAAGUGAAAAUCUUCCACGAGGAUGCUUUACUGUGUUUUACGAGGUAUUUUGUUUUUGCGCGAAGUUCCUUUAGGCGUAUAUGGUCCUCGGUUUUGCCCGUUUUUUGGAACCGUUUUAAUGCGAUAUUCUUUUCCUUGAUAGACAGCUUGAUUUGGGGGUUCCACCAUGGAACUUUAUUGUUGUUUGAGGUGCCAUUUGUUUUACCAAUUGCUGUGUCUGCUGCACUAGUAAUGGAAUUGGUUAUGUGGACAACGUCAUUUUCAAUCGGACCAUUUGGUGGAGGGAGGUUAGGUUAG